AUGUCAUUAUUUUCUGAAAGGAAGAAUCAAUAUCAAUGCCCUGAUAAACUAUGCUACCAGAAAAACAUACCAGUCAUUAGUAAACCAGUAAAAAAAGCAAAAUUACAGAUUGUACCUCCUUUUAGUAUCCAAUCAUUAAGACGAAAAAAUGUAAUCGUGGAACCAUUUAAACCAAAUGAAAGAAUGAUAACGAAACCUUAUCCAGUAGGUGAAACACUGUUUCGAAAAUGCUAUGAAAGAGGUGAUUUCCCAAUAAUUAUGGUAUUUGAUCCAUCUCUUGGCCAGAAGAUAGCAUGGAAGGUCAACAUAAAAGAGAUAGAUUAUCAGUACUAUUUGCCAGUUUUCUUCACUGGACUUUGUGAGAUUGAGUACCCCUAUAAUUUUUAUGCACAACAAGGAAUAGAAGACUUACUGUACUUUGGUGGGAGAACGAAAGUUCUACCAUCAGUACCUCAACUCAUUUUGCCAAUCAAGAAUGCAUUAAAUACAAGAAAUAGAGCAGUUAUUGGCCAGACAUUAAAAAUAAUACAAGCAAUGCUAACUUGUGUUGGAGGGAUUGGCAUGGCAUUGGUACCAUAUUACAGACAAAUCCUUCCUCCCCUCAACAUGUACAGAGAAAUGAAUGCUAAUACAGGACAGGAUAUAGACUAUGGUCAACAGAAAAGAGAAAAUAUUGGCGAAUUGGUGCAGGAAACACUAGAAUUGCUUGAAAAGCAUGGUGGCGACGACGCUUUCAUUAACAUCAAGUACAUUAUACCAACCUAUGAAUCAAUUUUUCUUCACUAG